AGUGUUGCAAAAGUUCCCGAUUUUUCGGGAGAUCUACUGAUUUCGGCUCUUCCCUCCCGAUAUACCGAUUUCACGACUAAAUCUCCCGAAUUUCAGUUAUGCUUUUAUUUAAAACAAAAUUUGUGGCAACACUAAAAUAUCUAGUAACACUGAAGCGAUUUAAUGGGAUUCCCCAAGACUUCUCGUACGUCCUUUCAAUACCGCGGUAUACUUAAAAUAUAAUAGAUCGAAGUGCUUUUGAAAUAAGGUUCAUAAUUGUUUGAUGAGUGUACGGGGGAACUUACCUUAAAAUGAGAUGGUCGAGAACGAGUUGUUUGCUGAAUGUACAAAGAUAUUAUUCACUUUAUUGUUGUUUCGUCAGUUCGCUAGUGUACAGUACAGGUUUUAUUGCAUUACUUUCUAUUGUCUCACAAUGUCCGAUACCUAUGAUUCGGAUGGAAAUACGAAUACACCAAGUACUAGCACUGGAGCUAAACGGAAAAAAUACGCCCAAAAUUAUAAAGUGGAAUGGGAAUCACGGCCAGAAUGCUGUAAUUGGCUUACAAAAAGUUUGAAAGAAAAAAAUUACGCAUAUUGCAAAAGUUGUAAUAAAGAUAUUAAUAUUUCUUCUGGCUUCGACGCUGUUAAAAGGCAUGCCGCUUCCCAGAUUCACAUUAAAAGUGUCAAAUGCAUUGCGGACCAACCUAAGAUGACUAAUUUUGUGAAUCGAGAAAUGAUACAACUCAAACAUCAAGUGAGAGAAGGUGAAAUUCGGAUGGCCGGCUUUGUUGCUGAACACAACUUGCCAUAUGCAAUAACUGACCAUCUGGGCAAGUUAAUACAGAAGAUUUGUCCAGAUUCGAAAGUUGCUAAAAAUAUGAAGUGUUCUCGCACCAGAAUUCAAGCUGUCGUAAAUAAUGUAAUCGGACAAGAAGGCUUUAAUACUCUCUGCGAAGAUCUACGACAGGUGAAGUUCUCUUUGAUAAUUGACGAGUCCACCGAUAGGAGUACCACCAAACAUCUGUGUCUCGUAGUCAGAUAUAUAAAAAAAAAUCAUGUAGGAGAUUAUUUUUUUGGGCUUAUCCCUGUUGUGACUGCUGAUGCAACUACAUUACAUAAAAGCAUUGUAGACUUUUUUGAACAAUAUGACAUUCCGUUUCGACAAAAUCUCAUAGGCUUUGCUUCUGAUGGUGCAAGUGUUAUGAUGGGACGUCAUCAUUCAGUAAUGACGCUAUUAAAAGCUGAUAUACCACAUUUAUUUAUAAUAAAAUGUAUAUGUCAUUCGUUCCAUUUGUGUGCGUCAUACGCUUGCAACAAAAUACCUCGUUUUGUUGAAGAAGUUGUAAGGGAAAUAUAUAAUUAUUUUUCUUCCAGUCCCAAAAGAUCUGCUGAAUUUAAAGAAUUUCAAUUAUUCUGUAAUUUAAAAAUACAUAAAUUAUUACAUCCUUGUCAGACGAGGUGGCUGUCAGUACACGCCGCUAUAUCUAGAAUUUUGGAGCAAUAUCAAGCCUUAAAAUUAUUUUUCAUUAAUGCGUCGCUAAAUGACGAUAUUGCAACAGCUACAAAUAUAUUAAACAAACUAAACGAUCCAUUAACAUUACUCUUUCUACAAUUUUUAGAUUUUGUUUUACCUAUUUUUAAUAAAUUAAAUCGAGAAAUGCAAUCUGAAUCAGCAAGAAUACACAUGUUGUAUUCCCAAGUUUGUGUUAGUUUAAGAACUUUGUUCGAUUGUUUUUUGAAAAAAGACUAUUUAGAAAAAAAUAAUCUAGAAAACAUUGAUUAUAAAAACCCACAUAAUUUUCUAGCUAUAGGAGAUGUUUAUUACGGAGCAAACGCCAUUAAUACUUUGCUUACUGACAAGAGAUUAACGGCUGAACAAAUUCAUUUGUUCCAAACCAGAUGUAUUCAGUUCUUUAUUGAAGCGUCCGAUCAAAUAAUACAAAGAUUUCCAAUCAAAAAUAAUCCUCUAAAGGAUUUGGGAGCUUUGUCUCCAGAAAACGUAAAAAAAGGCGAACUGCCAUCUAUAGUUCCAUUAUGUAGGCAGUUCCCAAAUUUAAUGGACACUAAUAAUUACCAAUGCAUAGAUACAGAAUGGCGUUUGCUUCGCAAUAUGAAAGAAAUUGCGUUGUUUUCUGACAAAACUGAGGAAUUUUGGGCUAGCGUUAACAACAUGAAAUAUGGUGAUGGUACGCUCAUAUUUAAAAACAUCUGUUCCUUCGUCUUCAAAAUAUUAUCUUUGCCCCACUCUUCUGCCAAUGUAGAAAGAAUUUUCUCUUCAAUAAAUCUGAUGAAAACCAAAACCCGCAAUAAAUUAUCCACAGAAUCUAUAGUAGGGCUUCUUCACACUAAACGUGUUGUAACAGAAGAAGAUCAAACAUGUUUUAAUUUUGAUAUUGAAAAGAAAAUGUUCGAAAAAAUUGCUUCAAAGAGAUGGUAUGAGGAUGAGGAUAAAUAAACCUUAAUAAUAUAAAUAUAUCUUUAUUGUUUAAUAAAGUAAUAAGAGCCUAAAAUGCAUUUAUUUUAUUUUUUAAAACCUCCCGUUUUCUCCCGAUUUUUGGCAUAAGAAUCUC